CUGGGUCAUAGGAAAAAUUGCCCCUAGGCAAUACUAUCAUCUCAUCAACUUCAACCUUUACAACAAUUUUUUCGCGUUGGUCAAUUAAGGAGACGACGCGCCCGACUACCAUCUUAAUUAUAAUUUUCUAUUUCGGGAUUUCUAGGAGCUAAAGUUUGAAUCCGGCUGUAUUUGGCGUCCGUAGCAUCCUUGCGCGACAAGAUCGCGCCGCGAUAGCGACAGCAUCGAACAAGUCGCGUAAUAUCCGAUAUCUAUCAACUUCGAGAUGUCGUCUUUCCAACCCCCUCCACCUCCUCCCGGAUGGGGACCUCCGCCGCCUCCUCCUACUCCUCCUCCUCCUCCUCCGGGUCCCCCGUCAGAUUUUCUUCCUCCACCGCCCGGAGCUCCAGCUCCUCCUCCCCCUGGAUACCGGCCUCCAACCGACCUGCAGACCGCGAAGUUCGCGCAGAAGAAAAAAGAAUGGCUUCGAAACCAGCGAAAUCGCUUCGGUGAAAAGCGUAAGGGAGGCUUUGUGGAAACUCAGAAGGCUGAUAUGCCCCCCGAGCAUCUUCGUAAGAUCGUAAAGGAUAUCGGAGAUGUGUCCCAAAAGAAGUAUACUAGCGAUAAGCGAAGUUAUCUUGGUGCUCUGAAAUUCAUGCCACACGCGGUUAUGAAGUUGCUAGAGAACAUGCCUAUGCCGUGGGAAUCGGCAAGGGAAGUUAAGGUGUUAUACCACGUCAAUGGGUGUCUCACGCUCGUGAACGAAAUCCCUCGAGUUAUCCCGCCUGUGUUCCACGCACAAUGGGCCACUAUGUGGUUGACUAUGAGGAAGGAAAAGAGCGACCGAAGAUUAUUCAAGAGGAUGAGGUUCCCGCCGUUUGAUGACGAAGAACCUCCGUUGUCGUGGUCUGAAAAUAUCGAGGAUGUGGAACCGUUAGAACCCAUUCAGAUGGAGCUUGAUGAGGAAGAAGACGCUGCCGUAUAUGAAUGGUUCUAUGACCAUCGGCCCUUAGUCGAUACUGAGCACGUCAAUGGGCCGAGUUAUAAGCGGUGGUAUCUCACCCUGCCGCAAAUGGCAGCACUUCACCGACUCAGUCGACCACUACUAAGCGAGAUGGUUGACCAGAACUAUUUCUACCUUUUUGACCUAAAGAGUUUCCUUACCGCCAAAGCGCUAAAUGUCGCACUACCCGGCGGUCCUCGAUUCGAGCCCUUAUACAAGGAUAUCGAUCCGAACGACGAAGAUUUUGGAGAAUUCAAUGCCAUCGACAGGAUUAUUUUCCGCUUCCCUAUCCGGACCGAGUACCGGGUUGCCUACCCAUACCUCUAUAACUCCCUUCCCCGAAGUGUGCAGUUUAACUGGUACUCUCACCCCCAAACUGUGUACACUAAGUCUGAAGACCCUAAUUUGCCCGCUUUCCAUUUUGAUCCCAUGAUUAAUCCCAUCUCCUCCCGCUCGGUUGCCCCGAAGAAUAUCACCAUAAGCCACGAAGACGAGAUAUUUGGUCCCGGUAAUCUUGAAGAGCCCGAAGAAGACGCGUUCGAACUACCGGCCGGCAUUGAACCUUUCUUAGCCGAUGAAGAUCUUUAUACGGAAGAUACGUCAUCUGCCAUCGCCCUCUGGUGGGCUCCCUUCCCCUUCGAUCGUCGAUCCGGCCGUAUGGUUCGUGCGCAGGAUGUUCCGCUUGUGAAGCAGUGGUACCUUGAGCACUGCCCUCCGAAGCAACCCGUCAAAGUCCGAGUAUCGUAUCAGAAGCUCCUUAAGACUUACGUCCUCAAUGAGCUGCACAAGAAGAAACCUAAGGCGCUUAAUCGCCAAAGCCUCCUGAGGAGCUUGAAGCAGACCAAGUUCUUCCAGCAGACGACGAUCGACUGGGUUGAAGCUGGUCUUCAAGUUUGUCGGCAAGGAUUUAAUAUGCUGAAUCUCCUGAUCCAUCGGAAGAAUCUGACGUAUCUUCAUCUCGAUUACAAUUUUAAUCUUAAACCCGUAAAAACGCUAACGACCAAGGAGCGGAAGAAGUCACGUUUUGGAAAUGCGUUCCACCUGAUGCGUGAGAUAUUGCGUUUGACGAAGCUUAUAGUCGACGCGCAGGUGCAAUAUCGUUUGGGCAACAUUGAUGCUUUCCAAUUAGCAGAUGGUAUCCUCUACGCCUUCAACCACGUUGGCCAGUUGACUGGUAUGUACCGUUACAAGUACAAGCUAAUGCAUCAGAUCCGAUCAUGUAAAGAUCUGAAGCAUCUUAUUUACUACCGGUUCAACAGCGGACCCGUUGGUAAGGGCCCUGGAUGUGGCUUCUGGGCGCCCGCCUGGCGCGUCUGGCUUUUCUUCAUGCGAGGAAUAAUCCCCCUUCUUGAGCGGUGGCUUGGAAACUUGCUAUCGCGUCAAUUUGAAGGACGUCACAGUAAAGGUGUGGCCAAGACUGUGACCAAGCAACGUGUUGAGUCGCAUUUUGACCUUGAACUACGAGCUUCUGUAAUGGCCGACUUAAUGGACAUGAUGCCGGAGGGUAUCAAGCAGAACAAGGUCAACACUGUUCUUCAACACUUAUCCGAAGCUUGGAGGUGCUGGAAGAGUAACAUUCCGUGGAAGGUUCCCGGUUUACCCGCUCCUAUUGAAAAUAUCAUCCUACGGUAUGUCAAGUCGAAGGCGGACUGGUGGAUUUCCGUUGCUCAUUACAACCGUGAGCGUAUCCGGCGAGGUGCGACUGUUGAUAAGACAGUUGCUAAGAAGAAUGUGGGCCGUUUGACGCGUCUCUGGCUCAAAGCGGAACAAGAACGACAGCAUAAUUACAUGAAAGAUGGGCCAUACGUAUCGUCCGAAGAAGCUGUAGCAAUUUAUACAACUACGGUGCACUGGCUUGAAUCUCGAAAAUUUACGCCAAUUCCCUUCCCGAGUGUGUCGUACAAACACGACACAAAAAUACUAAUUCUUGCUCUCGAACGACUACGAGAAGCAUACUCCGUGAAAGGUCGCCUAAACCAAAGUCAACGAGAAGAGUUGGCUUUGAUCGAGCAAGCUUAUGAUAGCCCAGGCACCACUCUGGAAAGAAUUAAGCGAUUCCUGCUCACGCAGCGAGCAUUCAAGGAAGUACAAAUCGACAUGAACGACAAUUAUAGCACUAUAAAUCCUGUUUACGAUAUAGAACCUAUAGAGAAGAUUAGCGAUGCCUACCUUGACCAGUAUCUCUGGUAUCAGGCCGACCAGCGACACCUUUUCCCUGCCUGGAUCAAGCCAUCAGAUUCUGAAGUCCCGCCCCUAUUAGUGUACAAGUGGGCUCAGGGCAUCAAUAAUCUGGAAAAAGUCUGGGAGACUGCGGACGGCGAGUGCAACGUCAUGAUCGAGACAGAGCUUUCUAAGGUCUAUGAAAAGAUAGAUCUUACCCUCCUAAACAGGCUUCUGCGAUUAAUCAUGGACCACAACCUGGCGGAUUACAUCAGCUCGAAGAACAACGUGCAGCUCACUUACAAGGACAUGAAUCACGUUAAUAGUUACGGCAUGAUUCGUGGUCUUCAGUUCUCGGGCUUUGUAUUUCAGUACUAUGGACUCGUCCUUGACCUCUUACUCCUUGGUUUAAACCGGGCUAGCGAAAUUGCUGGGCCCCCGUCUGCCCCUAAUGACUUCCUUCAGUUCCGCGACCGAGAGACAGAGACCAAGCACCCUAUCCGUCUAUAUACGAGAUAUAUUGACAAGAUAUGGGUCUUCUUGCGUUUCACCGCGGAGGAAUCGCGAGAUCUCAUCCAGCGGUUUCUCACCGAGCAACCAGAUCCGAACUUUGAGAAUGUUAUCGGUUACAAGAGCAAGAAGUGCUGGCCGAGAGAUUCCCGCAUGCGGUUGAUGAGGCACGAUGUCAACCUUGGCCGAGCCGUCUUUUGGGAUUUGAAGAACCGCCUCCCUCGAUCUGUUACGACGAUUGAGUGGGAUGAUACCUUCGCCAGUGUCUACAGCCGUGAUAAUCCAAACUUGCUCUUCUCUAUGUGUGGAUUUGAGGUUCGCAUUCUGCCGAAGAUUAGAAAUCAGAAUGAUGAGUUCCCUAUCAAGGAUAGCGUCUGGUCUCUUGUGGAUAACACAACCAAAGAGAGGACGGCGCAUGCUUUCUUACAAGUUACAGAGGAAGAUAUCCAAAAGUUCAAUAAUAGGAUUCGUCAGAUUCUUAUGUCUUCUGGGUCUACAACUUUCACCAAGAUCGCCAAUAAGUGGAACACGGCCCUCAUCGCGCUCUUCACCUACUACCGUGAGGCUGCUGUAUCGACAGUUAAUCUGUUGGAUACUAUCGUAAAGUGUGAGACCAAAAUCCAAACUCGGGUAAAGAUAGGAUUGAAUUCAAAGAUGCCAUCACGUUUUCCCCCUGCUGUUUUCUACACACCAAAGGAGUUGGGUGGUCUCGGAAUGAUAUCUGGUUCACAUAUUCUUAUCCCAGCUAGUGACAAGCGAUAUUCGCAACAGACAGAUGUUGGAGUCAGUCAUUUCAGAGCUGGCAUGACACAUGACGAGGAGACUCUCAUACCAAAUAUUUUCAGAUAUAUCAUUCCUUGGGAAGCUGAAUUUAUCGAUUCACAGAGAGUUUGGACUGAAUACUCCCAAAAGCGAUUGGAGGCAAACCAGCAGAAUAGGCGCUUAACUUUGGAAGAUUUGGAAGACAGCUGGGACCGUGGAUUACCCCGUAUCAACACCUUGUUUCAAAAGGACAGAAGUACGCUUAGUUUCGACAAGGGCUUCCGAACGAGAAGUGAAUUCAAGAUUUACCAACUCAUGAAGAGCAAUCCUUUCUGGUGGACAAGCCAGCGUCACGACGGGAAGCUUUGGAACCUAAACGCCUACCGUUCGGAUGUCAUCCAGGCCCUUGGUGGUGUCGAAACGAUUCUUGAGCACACUCUAUUCAAGGCCACUGGUUUCCCCUCUUGGGAGGGCCUGUUCUGGGAGAAGGCCUGUCUUGCUAAAGGGACGAAGUUGUUGCGGUACGAUCAUACCCAGAUCGCUGUCGAGGAUGUUAAGGAGGGAGAUCUACUUCUAGGUCCCGACGGAACACCACGACGCGCUUUCAAUAUAGUCAAUGGCAAAGAUCGCCUCUACCGUAUUAAAAUUGGAGGCCGCCAGGAGGAUCUGGUUGUUACACCAAAUCACAUUCUUGUCUUUUAUAAAAAGGGUCUCACUGGCGAGUGUGAAGAGUCUGAUGCUCAAGGGCAUAGGCGAGUGUACAAAUCUUCCGAACACAAGAAAUACGGCCGUUAUCAUGCAUUGCCAUUGCCAAAAUCCCCCGCUUCAACGACAAAGGGCCACGAAACCGUAGAGAUGACCGCAGCUGAGUUUGCUUCCCUGGAGCCUAGAGUCAGGAGCCAAUACAAACUCUUCAGAUCUUCCGGUUUCGAAUUACCCGAAGAAGCCGUGCCGUUUGACCCCUAUUUCCUUGGCCUCUGGCUUGGGGAUAAAAACUGUGCCAAAGCCGCACAGGGGACAAAUCCUGAAUCUCUGCUUCAGGAAUUCCUAGUCAGAUUCGCAGCAGAGCUUGACCUUCAUAAAGAUGCCGAUGCAGACUUAGACCUCUUGGACGUAACUAGCGAGGAUGAGGAUAUUAGCUCUGGGGAGGAAGACAGCUCCGAGGACUAUAACCGCCAGCACGUCGUUCGUUUACAGACAGGCCGCCGAGCGUAUGGAAACCUGCCCCAAGAGGAAGCAGAAAAGUUGGCUAGCCGAAUUAUCAAUAGUCCUAAGGAUACUUCAAGCAUCAAUACACUCCUCCUAGCCCUCGACAAACUUGGCGUUGACCAAAGACGUGUCCCUUCUCUGUUUAUGAGAAACUCACGUUCUGUUCGUCUUGGCGUUCUUGCCGGCUUACUUGAUACAAACGGCUGGUACAUUUCUCCUGAUAAUGUGUUUGGUUUCAGUGAGGAUGAUAUUGGACAGUCUGCUCAAUUCUGGGAUACCGUCGCCCUUGCACGCUCUUUAGGUUUUGCCGUGUCUACCAAGCAAAGAUAUUCUCAAUUAUUCGCUGAAAUAUCUGGAAAUCUGAGCGAAAUUCCGUGCCUCCUCGCACGCAAAAUAAGGGCCACCCAAUUCAUACCCGAAGCUCAUAGUUUCGCCGUCAAAGAUAUCGUUCUUGAAGAAGAACCUACCGAGUGGGCGGGUUUCCGUGUUGAUAAAGAUCAACUCUAUUUGCGACACGAUUAUCUUGUGCUCCACAACAGUGGUUUCGAAGAAUCCAUGAAGUUUAAGAAGUUGACCAACGCUCAGAGAUCCGGUCUGAACCAGAUUCCCAACCGUCGAUUUACGCUUUGGUGGUCGCCAACCAUCAACAGAGCAAACGUGUAUGUCGGUUUCCAGGUGCAACUCGAUCUUACUGGUAUCUUCUUACACGGUAAAAUUCCUACUUUGAAAAUCUCUCUCAUCCAGAUUUUCCGUGCCCACUUGUGGCAGAAGAUUCACGAAUCCGUCGUAAUGGAUUUCUGUCAGGUAUUUGAUCAGGAGCUAGAGUCCCUUGGAAUUGAAACAGUGCAGAAAGAGACCAUCCAUCCUCGAAAGUCGUACAAGAUGAACAGCUCAUGUGCCGAUAUUCUGCUCUUCGCCAGCAACAAAUGGAAUGUCACUCGCCCAUCUCUGCUACACGACACUAAGGACAUAAUCGAGCCUACCACAACCAAUAAGUUUUGGCUUGAUAUCCAGCUUCGAUAUGGCGACUACGAUUCUCACGACAUCGAACGCUAUACUCGUGCGAAAUAUCUGGAUUAUACGCAAGAUAGUAUGAGUAUCUAUCCUUCAGCUACCGGUCUCAUGAUUGGUAUCGAUCUCGCUUACAACCUUUACUCUGCCUACGGACAAUACUUCCCAGGUCUGAAGGUCCUAGUACAACAGGCUAUGGCUAAAAUUAUGAAGGCCAACCCGGCGCUCUAUGUUCUCCGCGAGCGUAUCAGGAAGGGUCUCCAACUGUAUGCGUCUGAGAGCAAUCAAGAGUUCCUCAAUUCGCAGAACUACUCCGAGUUGUUCAGCAACCAGACAAAAUUGUUCAUUGAUGACACUAACGUAUACCGAGUUACUAUUCACAAGACUUUUGAGGGUAACUUGACUACCAAGCCAAUCAACGGAGCAAUUUUCAUUUUCAACCCCCGAACUGGACAAUUGUUCCUGAAGAUCAUUCACACUAGCGUCUGGGCAGGACAAAAGCGUCUCGGUCAAUUAGCCAAGUGGAAGACAGCAGAAGAAGUGGCAGCUCUUAUUCGAUCGCUGCCGGUAGAAGAACAGCCGAAAGAGCUCAUUGUCACACGUAAAGGUCUACUGGAUCCUCUCGAAGUUCAUUUGUUAGAUUUCCCGAAUAUUUCCAUCCGAGCGUCAGAGCUACAGUUACCCUUCCAAGCGGCCAUGAAGGUGGAAAAGUUGGGUGACAUGAUUCUCCGUGCGACAGAACCUCAAAUGGUGCUAUUCAACCUCUACGAUGAAUGGCUCAAGAGUAUCUCAUCAUACACAGCAUUCUCACGUCUAGUUCUUAUCCUGCGUGCACUCCACGUCAACCCAGACAAGACGAAACUUAUUCUUCGGCCUGAUAAGACCGUUAUAACCCAAGUGCACCACAUCUGGCCCACGUUAUCAGAUGAAGACUGGAUCAAGGUUGAAACGCAGCUACGAGAUCUCAUUCUGCACGAUUACGGAAAGAAGAACAAUGUCAAUGUCUCCAGUUUGACGAGUAGCGAAGUCCGAGACAUCAUCUUGGGUAUGGAGAUCUCUGCACCGUCUAUGCAACGGCAGCAGGCGGCAGAGAUCGAGAAGCAGCAGCAGGAACAGCAACAAAUUACUGCUGUUACAACGAAGACUCAAAACAUCCACGGUGAAGAGCUUAUCGUCACGACCACUUCCAGAUUCGAACAGGAGAAGUUCUCAUCUAAGACUGAAUGGCGUACCAGAGCCAUUGCCACUUCUAACCUACGAACGCGAGCCAAUAAUAUUUACGUCUCGUCUGUCGACAACGAUCUAGACGACAUUACCUACGUCAUGCCCAAUAACAUCCUGAAGAAAUUUAUUACGAUUGCCGAUCUCCGUGUACAGAUUGCAGGAUACUUAUAUGGUGUUUCCGCGCCAGAUAACGACCAGGUGAAAGAGAUCCGUUGUAUUGUCAUGGUUCCUCAGAUAGGCAACCUGCGCUAUACUCAAACACCCCAGCAAUUGCCACAGCACGAGUAUCUCUCAAAUAUGGAGCCUCUCGGCGUGAUCCACACGAUGGCCGGCAACGAACUUCCGUACAUGUCUGCGGUUGACGUUACCAUGCACGCACAGAACCUCGACCGACAUCAAAAAUGGGAUAAGGAGAAGACCGUGACGAUUGACGUAUCCUUCACGCCCGGCUCCGUCUCCCUAUCUGCUUGGGCGUUGACCCCCGCAGGAUACCGGUGGGGUGCCGAAAACAAGGAUCUCGGUAGCGACUCGCCGGCGGGAUUCACAACUUCCAUGGGAGUCAAGCGUAAGCUUCUACUCAGCCCGCGUUAUAGAGGAUACUUCCUCGUGCCGGAGGACGGCAAGUGGAACUACAAUUUUAUGGGCAGUAACUUCAUCGGCUUAGAGAAGAAGCCGGUGCACGUCAAGCUCGACACGCCGCUGCCAUUCUACAACGAUCAGCACCGCCCCGAGCACUUCCAUGAUUUCACCGAGAUGGAGGACCCGGGUGUUGACAGGAGCGACAACUUUGCUUAAGCCGCCUUAGCUAUUUCCAGUGCAGGCUGUGGAGGACCGUGGAGUAGGAAGAAAAUCGCUAUUCGUGAAUAGGGCAUGAUGAUAAUAGGAAAGGGGGGGCGAAACGAAAUGACGCAUUGCAAUAGCAGUUCCCAAACCGGCGAGAUGAUGGCGGUAUGCUUGCCAGUGUUUUUCUUUUCUAUCGGCGUUUAAAGACAAAAAAAAUGGAUUGAGUUACGAAGUUCCAGGGAUAAAGGCUCAGCUCUGACCCCAAGAGCAUUGAUGUAUUUGUUUUCUUAAUGCUAUUUUCUAUCUGCUUAAUUCAAAGGUAUUAUGCCGGGACGGUACGUACCUUAAUUGUAACAUCAGCUACCUACCUCCUACAUCUUGCUUAUUAUUAUAUGUACCUAGAUGUAGUACUUGAUGUAUACGAGAAUGUGAUAUAAUACCCCCACAACCAUGGACUCGGA